CCGCCUGCCCCAGCAUCCCCUGCGCGCAGCUGGGUGCCCCAGGGAGUCUGGCCACCAUGCCACCUCCUCUCCUCCUCUUCUCCCUCCUCUUCCUUACCCCUGUGGGGGUCAGGCCCGAGGAGCCAUUGCUGGUGAAGGUGGAAGAGGGAGGUGAUGCUGUGCUGCCAUGCUUCAGGGGUCCCUCAGAUGGCCGGCCUGAGCAGCUGGCCUGGUAUCGGGAGACCCAGUCAGCACCCUUCUUACAGCUGAACCUGGGGUUACCAGACCUGGGCAUCUACGUGGGGCCCCUGGGCGUCCUGCUGUUCAUGUUCAAUGUCUCUGACCAGAUGGGAGGCUUCUACCUGUGUCAGCCAGGGCCCCCUUCUGAGAAGGCCUGGAAGCCUGGCUGGACAGUCAGUGUGAAGGGCAGCGGGGAGCUGUUCCGGUGGAAUGCUUCAGACCUAGGUGACCUGGGCUGCAGCCUGGACAACAGGUCCUCAGAGGGCCCCAGACCCCCUUCUGGGAAACUCGCCAGCUCCCAGCUGUAUGUGUGGGCCCAAAACCGCCCUGAGAUCUGGAAGGGAGAGCCUGGAUGUGCCCCACCUAGGGACAAUCUGAAUGAGAGCCUCAACCAAGACCUGGCCCCUGGCUCCACACUCUGGCUGUCCUGUGGGGUACCCCCUAACUCUGUGGACAGAGGUCCCGUUUCCUGGACCCAUGUGCACCCCAAGAAGCCCAACAUUUCAUUGCUGAGCCUAAACCUGACAGAGGAUUACCCAGCCAGAGACAUGUGGGUCCUGGAGACUGGGCUGUUGUUGCCCCAAGCCACAGUUCAAGAUGCUGGUAUCUAUUAUUGUCACCGUGGCAACCAGACCAUCAAGAUGCAUCUGGAAGUCACUGUCCAACCAGCACUGUGGCACUGGUUGCUGAGGACUGGUGGCUGGAAGGUCGUAACUGUGACUUUAGUUUAUUUGAUCUUCUGCCUGGGUUCCCUGAUGGGCUUUCUUAAUCUCCAAAAAGCCCUGAUUCUGAGGAGGAAAAGAAAGCGAAUGACUGACCCUACCAGAAGGUUCUUCAAAGUAACGCCUCCCCCAGGAAACGGGGCACAGAACCAGUACGGGAACGUGCUAUCCCUUCCCACUCCCACCUCGAGCAUAGGACGCGCCCAGCGUUGGGCGGCAGACCUGGGGGGCACCGUCCUGUCCUAUGGAAGCCCACACAGCGACGUCCAGGAGGCUGGAGCCGUGGGGUCCCGGAGCCCGCCGGGAGAGGGCCCAGAAGAAGAGGAAGGGGAGGCCUAUGAGGAGCCGGACAGCGAGGAGGGCUCCGAGUUCUAUGAGAACGACUCCAACCUUGGGCAGGACCAACUCUCGCAGGAUGGCAGCGGCUAUGAGAACCCUGAGGACGGGUCCUUGGGUCCUGAGGAGGAAGACUCCUUCUCCAAUGCUGAGUCUUAUGAGAAUGAGGAUGAAGUGCUGGCCCAGCCAGUCACCAGAACAAUGGACUUCCUGAGCCCUCAUGGGUCUGCCUGGGACCCCACCCGGGAAGCAACCUCCCUUGCAGGGUCCCAGUCCUAUGAGGAUAUGAGAGGGAUCCUGUAUGCAGCUCCCCAGCUCCGCUCCAUUCGGGGCCAGCCUGGCCCCAAUCACGAGGAAGAUGCAGACUCCUAUGAGAAUAUGGACAAUCCCGAUGGACCAGAGCCAGCAUGGGGAGGAGGAGGCCAUGUGGGGACCUGGAGCACCAGGUGACCCCCAGGUGAUCAG